AUGUUAUUAAGAAAAUUAGCAUUGCUUUAUGAAUUUUGUUAAUAAUCUGCAAGACAAUGCUUUUAAUUUUUACAACAAGAUCCUAUUGAACAAUCAGGAUAGAUUUCUACUUAAUAUUAACAAGCAAAUAAGGAUGAGUAGCAAAUGAAAAAAUAAUCAUUACAAUAAGAUUAUGGGGAUUUGGAAGAUCAAGAUACUGAUCAUCAUUUAAUAGAGCAAGAGAAUCCAUUUGAAAAAUUGAAACCUACUUUAAAUUUCUAAAACACGAUUCCACAAUAAAAUAAUAAUAAUUCCAAGAUAGAGAAGGAAUAAAUAAAAUAUGAUGAGGAGAUGGUUGACAUGCAUUAAAAUAGCAAUUGGAAUAAUAAUGAACUUGACUAAGAGAAUGAACAUAUUGAAUUAUGA